CAGAUUAUAGUAACCCAUUGAUCGAAAUUCAGACAUAAGAGUGCGGACUGAGGCUCACUCCUAAGCUUAGACUUUGAUUCUCCAUCCAUUCUUCAAACUGGUUAUUUUGGAUUUUCAUAUUUCAUAGUUUUCACUGAUUUCCCCCUUUUCAGUUCAUCGAUCAGCACUGAGAAAUGAAACUGAGCCCAAGAGAGAUCGCGAAAAUAGAGCUACACAAUGCUGGAUUCCUGGCCCAGAAACGCCUUGCUCGUGGUUUAAGACUCAAUUACACUGAAGCUGUUGCUCUCAUAGCAGCACAGACUUUGGAAUUUAUUCGGGAUGGUGAUAAGACUGUUGCAGAGCUUAUGUCUAUUGGGAGAGAACUCUUAGGAAGGAGACAAGUUCUUCCAGCUGUCCCCCAUCUCUUGGAUACUGUUCAGGUUGAAGGUACCUUUCAUGAUGGGACUAAGCUAGUCACUAUUCAUGACCCCAUUGCUAAUGAGAAUGGAAACAUGGAACUAGCAUUAUUUGGUUCUUUUCUCCCAGUACCUUCACUUGGCAGGUUUACCGAGAGCAAAGAAGAUGAUAUAAUUCCUGGUACUGUAAUAUCUAGAGAUGGAAGCCUGAUUCUUAACUCUGGAAGGGAUGCAGCAAUUCUCAAAGUUGUCAACAAAGGAGACCGGCCAAUUCAGGUUGGAAGCCACUACCAUUUUAUUGAAGUAAAUCCCUACUUAACCUUUGAUCGAAGGAAAGCAUUUGGCAAGCGCCUCAAUAUAGCUUCUGGAACUACCACGCGCUUUGAGCCAGGGGAAAGUAAAAGUGUUGUACUCGUAAGUAUUGGAGGUAACAAAGUCAUUAGAGGAGGUAACAACAUUGUUGAUGGUCCAGUAAAUAAUUCUAAUUGCAUAGAAGCCAUGGAGGCUGUGACCAAAAGGGGAUUUGGGCAUAUGGAAGAGGCAAAUGCAAGGGAAGGUAUUACUGGGGAAGACUAUUCACUUACUACACUAAUUUCUCGAGAAGAGUAUGCUAACAAAUAUGGCCCCACUACUGGUGAUAAAAUCCGUCUUGGUGACACUAACUUGUUUGCCGAAAUUGAAAAGGAUUUUGCUGUCUAUGGUGAUGAAUGUAUUUUUGGAGGUGGGAAAGUCAUAAGAGAUGGAAUGGGUCAGUCAUGCGGCCAUUCACCUGAUGGAUCCUUGGAUACUGUUAUAACAAAUGCCGUGAUCAUUGAUUAUACUGGAAUUAUCAAAGCAGAUAUCGGUGUUAAAGAUGGCCUUAUUGUCUCAAUUGGAAAAGCAGGAAAUCCAGAUGUGAUGAAUGGUGUAUUCCUUAAUAUGAUCAUUGGGGCCAAUACUGAAGUUAUUGCUGGAGAGGGCUUGAUUGUAACAACCGGGGCUAUAGAUUGUCAUGUGCAUUUUAUAUGCCCUCAAUUAGUAUACGAAGCCAUAUCAAGUGGUAUCACAACAUUAGUGGGAGGAGGAACAGGACCAGCUGAUGGAACACGUGCUACAACUUGUACACCAGCUCCAAGUCAGAUGAAACUAAUGUUGCAAUCAACAGAUGACCUGCCUCUGAACUUUGGUUUUACUGGAAAAGGGAAUAGUGCCAAGCCUGAUGAACUUCAUGAAAUAAUCAGGGCUGGAGCUAUGGGACUGAAGCUGCAUGAGGACUGGGGAUCUACACCAGCAGCUAUAGACUGUUGCUUAACUGUUGCGGAACAAUAUGGCAUUCAGGUUAAUAUACACACUGACACCUUAAAUGAAUCUGGAUUUGUGGAAGAUACAAUUGCUGCAUUCAAAGGAAGAACUAUUCAUACUUACCACAGUGAAGGUGCAGGUGGCGGCCAUGCUCCAGAUAUCAUCAAAGUAUGUGGUGUGAAGAAUGUCCUACCCUCAUCAACAAAUCCUACACGCCCUUAUACGUCUAAUACCAUAGAUGAGCAUCUUGAUAUGUUGAUGGUCUGCCAUCAUCUUGAUAAGGAUAUUCCAGAAGAUAUAGCUUUUGCAGAAUCAAGGAUAAGAGCUGAAACAAUAGCUGCUGAAGAUAUUUUGCAUGAUAUGGGGGCAAUUAGUAUUAUAUCUUCUGAUUCACAGGCUAUGGGGCGAAUUGGAGAGGUGAUAAGCAGAACAUGGCAAACUGCCAACAAGAUGAAGUCACAAAGAGGACCACUGCUGCCCGAUGAAUCAGUCAAUGACAAUUUUCGGAUCAAACGUUAUGUCGCAAAGUACACUAUAAAUCCAGCUAUAGCAAAUGGUUUGUCACGAUAUGUUGGUUCAGUUGAGGUGGGAAAGUUAGCAGAUCUCGUAUUAUGGAAGCCAUCAUUUUUUGGAGCAAAACCAGAAAUGGUGAUCAAAGGUGGUCAGGUUGCAUGGGCUAACAUGGGUGACCCAAAUGCAAGCAUCCCAACGCCUGAACCGGUGAUUAUGAGGCCAAUGUUCGGAGCAUUUGGCAAGGCUGGGAGUUCGCACUCCAUUACUUUUGUGAGCAAGGCAGCUUUGGACGAAGGGGUAAAAACUUCGUACGGACUUAACAAGAGGGUGGAAGCCGUGGACAGCAAUGUGAGGAAGCUCACCAAACUAGACAUGAAACUGAAUGAUGCCCUUCCACAAAUCACUGUGGACCCAGAAACCUACACGGUCACAGCAGAUGGAGCGGUUCUCACCUGCACCGCAGCUGCUUCUGUUCCUCUUUCGCGGAAUUACUUCCUCUUUUAAGCACAUAACUCUCUCACCUUCUCAUUUUAUUAUGAGUCCAGAUCCAACAAACUUGUAGCCAAUCGUGGAAUUCCCAUUAGCAUAUCCAUUAACAUUGUCAUGAAUGCACUUUUUUCUUGGAAGAAACUGAAUGUAAAUUUUCGUAUAUUUAUGGAUAGCUAAAUUUAAUUAA